GCUUUCUAUUUUUUUUUCUCAACUUUUUGAACCCCUUGUCUCUUUUUUUCUUUGUUUCUUUUUCUUUUUAAUUGUUGAAAACCAUAUCCAUGCAACGCCCUGCUCUUCUGGUCUCAAAACAGUGGGCAGCAGGUCGCUCUUCAUUGUUAGGCUACAUUCAAAACAGGAAAUACGUAGGCCUCGCGUACAGUCAACCUUCAUCGACUAUCCAGACCGUUGAUCGUUCUUUAAAGUCCUUUGAACAUACUUCUACUGGAACAACAACUCCAAGCACUAUCUCAACUGUUGGUCAAGAUGCUUCGACUGAAGAUUAUUCAGAACCUGCUUUUGAAAUUGUAUCCUCAGGAGUAGGAUCGGCUUUACUUAUCAAGAUGCCUCCCGAAACUGAAAUUACUGCUUCUACUGGAUCUGCUUUGGGUUCGUCUGGUCGAGUAACUUCGAAGCUUACUUUAGAUGGCAAUGCUGUAAAGGCUACUGGACGCAAAUUGAUAGGUGAUCCUCUCUUUUACCAAAAGUUUUAUACCAAGCAGCAACCUGGCGAUAUCUUGCUGGCGCCUAAUCGUAUGGGUGAAAUCACUACUAUUCAGUUACGUGGUUCAACGAAAUAUGUUCUUCGACGUGAUGCUUUUCUUGCCAAAACAGAAAAGGUGACUUUAGAUGUUGGUAUGGAUGGCGUGAAAGGAAAACAUACUGGUUUAGCUAAUAAAUUGGUACAUACUGUGACUGGUCCUGGUACAAUUGCUAUCUCUCAUUACGGCGGUUUAUAUAGACUUUCCUUAGCAGCUGGUGAAGAAUAUCUUGUCAACCCUAGAAAUUUGAUAUUCUGGGACAAGAGGACAGCUCCUACUCGACUUCAUCCCUCGGAUCCUAUUGUACCUUCACCUCGCUCACCUUGGAGACGAUAUGCAGUUGUCAGAAAUAUUGCCGAAAGUCCAUCUUUUCAACCAAAGCUUCAAUAUAUGAAUAGUGUGGUCAAAACUCUUCGUAACUUCAUACUUGGGGCUCCCGACUUUGUCAAGCUGAAAGGUCCUGGUGAUUUCUAUGUUGCUUCUAGAGUGGAACCUCGAUUUGAAAGAUCAAGAUUAUUGAAUGCCAUUGCAGCUAUCAAUGAUUCUUCAUCACAAUUAUUCGAACAAUCAACUAUUUUCCCUGAUCCGGCACCUGGACAAGAAGCAACCUCAAGUCAUCUAGCCGCUGCUUCUGCUCUUCUCAACUUUGGCAAAAAGAAACAUCAUCCUGGAUAUGCUGAAAAAUCAACCAAUGGCAAACCAUCAUUUUAUGCUGAAGUUGGACCCAAUGGAAAAGUGACCUUCAUCUCCACCAAAGAAUAAGUACCAUCCUUUCUUUCAUCUUCUCAUUAUUUAUCAACCUUCCCUAUCAACUUAGAACUAAAAUUUGACCUUUUUAGUUUAGUAACACUUUUUGUUCUGUUUUUG